ACACACAAAAAAAAAAAGUAAGAGAGAGAGAAAGAAACAAAAACCAGGAUCAAAAUCAAACCAAAUCAAAAACAAACAAUUUUUGUUAAAGAAGAAGAGGAAGAAGAAGAAAAACACCAAACAAAAAUUCUAUCUUCUUCCUUUAGAGGAAUUUCAAUGCGAAACUCCUCUACAAAUCUCUGAAGAAGAAGACAUCCAUAAUAAUAAUGGCAUUAUCAUCAGGAUCAAAAAAACAAACCCUAUUCAUAUCAUCUCUUAUAUUAUUAUGGUAUUCAUCAAACAUUGGUGUUCUUCUUCUAAAUAAAUAUUUAUUAUCAAAUUAUGGAUUCAAAUUUCCAAUAUUUCUCACAAUGUGUCAUAUGUCAGCUUGUGCAUUACUUAGUUACAUUUCCAUUGUUAUAUUGAAAAUUGUUCCUCUUCAGAUGAUCAAUUCAAGAAAACAGUUCUUCAAAAUCUCAACAUUAAGUGUUGUUUUUUGUUGUUCUGUUGUUGGUGGUAAUAUUUCUCUCAGAUAUCUUCCUGUUUCUUUUAAUCAAGCUGUUGGAGCUACAACUCCAUUUUUUACAGCUUUUUUUGCUUAUUUAAUGACUUUCAAAAGAGAAGCCUGGGUUACUUAUGCUGCUCUCGUUCCUGUUGUUACUGGUGUUGUCAUCGCAAGUGGGGGUGAACCGAGUUUUCACUUGUAUGGCUUCAUAAUGUGCAUCAGUGCAACAGCUGCUAGGGCGUUCAAGUCUGUACUCCAGGGCGUCUUACUUUCUUCUGAAGGGGAAAAGUUGAACUCCAUGAAUUUGAUGCUGUACAUGUCUCCUAUUGCUGUUCUUGUUCUAUUGCCUGCAACAAUACUAAUGGAACCUAACAUGUUGGAUACCAUUUUCUUGCUUGGGAGAAAGCAUAAGUUCAUGUGGCUACUUCUCUUAGUGAACUCUGUAAUGGCAUACGCUGCGAACUUGUCCAACUUUUUGGUGACCAAGCAUACAAGUGCAUUAACACUGCAGGUGCUGGGAAAUGCAAAGGGUGCCGUGGCUGUUGUCAUCUCGAUACUUCUGUUCCGCAAUCCUGUCACUUUUAUUGGAAUAGCUGGAUACUCCCUGACAGUUAUUGGUGUAAUUGUUUAUGGAGAAACAAAGCGGCGUUUUAAGUAAAUGAAGCACUCUCCACCUUCAACAUUUAUUCAAAUUUUGUUACAUCACGAAGAAGUUAGCGGCAAGGAGGUACAAGCUGAAGUUUCUAGAAGGAAGAUUUUGACAACAAUUGGGUUGCUUAUCAUAUUUCAUAUUUUCAGCGAAAACCUGGUUGGAUUUCUUUCCAUUUAAUUUUUUGGGUCCAUAUAUAACGUAUUGAUCGAUAGUAGAUCCUGAUUAGAUUAAGAUGUCUCAUUAGCUAUUAGAGCCGGAAUCUUUGUCAAAUUCAAAUUCAUGGAAAGAUGGAAAUAUUCUAUAUCUUUUUUCUUCUUAAUUAGCUAUUCCAUUUGUCUCAUUAGCUAUUAGAGCCGGAAUCUUUGUCAAAUUCAAAUUCAUGGAAAGAUGGAGAUAUUCUAUAUCUUUUUUCUU